CUAUUAUUAAUGAGUUUUACUGUUCCAUUGUGCCAACUACUGUACAGGGGUUGACACAUGAAAGCUUGAAUAGAUACAUAGCAAUUGGCAAAUCAAGCUCUUGUGAAGCCUGAGAUUGAUGACAACAUUUGGGAACUCUAGCAUGGUCACCACUUUUCAAUAUUCCUCCCUCACCAUCUUCAAUAAAAAUCUUCACGUAUGUGUGCGGUUCGUCGCCCAUGCAUCUAGCCAAGUAUUUAUCAACAGUUGAUAAAUAUUGAACGCCGUUUUCUUCCAUACAUUCCUCUUGACCAAACAAUCCAGAGUUGUAAAGAGUAAACAUACUCGUGAGUGUGGCACCAAAUGUGUUCACAACUUCAAAAGCCACAAAAGUUGAAUUUUGGAAUGUGAUUCUGAUUGGAAUACCUUCAUGAAGCAUAGUGCCUCCAUCAUUUGAUAUUAAAGUAGCUUCUGAAGGUGCGCAUUCAGGUGGAGUUGGGCCUCGUAAAUAUGAUGGAUAUUCAGUUGCUGUGGUGGAUGGGCGAUCACUUGGGCUAGUAGUCGGGCUGACGGUGGGACUGGCAGUCGGGCUGACAGUUGGUUUAACACUUGGUUUAACAGUGGGGCUGGCAGUGGGGCUAGCAGUGGGGCUGGCAGUGGGGCUGGCAGUAGGGCUGGCAGUAGGGCUGGCAGUGGGGCUGGCAGUGGGGCUGGCAGUGGGGCUGGCAGUGGGGCUGGCAGUGGGGCUGGCAGUGGGGCUGGCAGUGGGGCUAGUGGUAGGAGCGUCGGUGGGGCUGUCGGUGGGGCUGACGGUAGGACUGGCGGUGGGACUGACAGUGGAACCGGCAGUCGGCCUGACAGUAGGGCUAAGUGUUGGAUUAGCAACAGGGCUAGAUGUUGGGCUGAGAGUGGGGCUAGGAGUCGGACUGAURGUCAGGCUGACAGUCGGGUUGACGGUUGGGCUAGCAACAGGACUAGUAAAAGGGCUGAAUGAGGAGGACGGACUUAAAUCUUGACACGCGUUGGUAGGUUGCUCGCUGUCACAAGAUUUCACAACAGAUUCAUUAUCAUCAUUUCGAAAAAUAAUGAUAUCAGCAUAGUCAAGAACUCCAGGAUUCGCAUCAUCGAUUGAAAUAUCGCACACGAUUACGGUAACUUUUUCACCUGAAAUGGUUUCAAAUGUACCAAUAUCAUCUUUCGAAAGUAUCCCGCCACUUUUUUGCCUUGAAUACUCUUUACCUUCGAAUGUGACUUUUUCGGUAACAACAACAGUAUUGUCCUCGUGUACGUGUUUAGUAAAAUCUUCCGCUCGGUUGAAUUUAAUGUACAAGCUUCCAAUCUUUGCGAUGACACGGUCCCCCUCGCAUCCAUCAGCAUUGUAUUGUUUCUGAAAAUAAUCAUGGAGCCCAACA